GAAGAAUAAUGACAAAAUAUUUCAACGUGGAUCAUCCAGUCGCAAGUGCCCUCGAAGGUCUUGCAUUGUCAAAUCCAAACUUGACCCUUAUUAAAGAUGAGAAAGUCAUCUUUAGAGAACAAACAGAUAAGAGCAAAAUCGCAUUGAUCUCUGGUGGUGGUGCUGGUCAUGAACCUACCCAUGCUGGUUUCGUGGGUAAAGGUGGUUUAACCGGUGCUGUCUCUGGUGAAGUGUUUGCAUCUCCAAGUACAAAGCAAAUCUUGAAUGCUAUUAAAGUCAUUGGUAAAGAUGCCCCAGGUGUUUUAUUAAUUGUUAAAAACUACACUGGUGAUGUUUUACAUUUUGGUUUAGCCGGUGAAAGAGCUCGUGCCUUGGGUUAUGAUGUUGAAGUGUUCGUUGUUGGUGAUGAUGUUGCAGUUGGUCGUUCAAAAGGUGGUUUAGUUGGUAGAAGAGCCAUUGCAGGUACAACUUUAGUUCACAAGAUUUUAGGUGCUUAUGUUGAAAAUUAUAAACAUACUUUGAAAGAUGCUGUUAAAUUAGCUAAUGCAAUUAAUGACAAUUUAGUCUCCAUUGGUUCUUCAUUAAAUCAUGCUAAAGUUCCAGGUCAAGAAUUUGAAUCAUCAUUGAAAGACAAUGAAAUGGAAUUAGGUAUGGGUAUUCAUAAUGAACCAGGUGUCAAAGUUUUGAGUCCAGUUCCAUCAGUUAAAGACUUACUCAAAGAACAAAUCUUACCAAAAUUAUUAGAUCAAAGUGAUAAAGAUCGUGCAUUUGUUAAUUUUGAAAAAGGCGAUGAAGUUGUCUUAUUAGUUAACAAUUUAGGUGGUGUUGCAAACUUGACAUUACAAGGAAUUGUUAAAGUUGCUUCUGACUUGUUGAAAUCUGAAUAUGGUAUUGUUCCUUCACGUACUUAUAGUGGUACUUUGAUGACUGCUUUAGAUGGUGAAGGUUUCAGUAUAACUUUGUUAAACAUCACUAAAGCCAACAAAGCUGCUCAAUUAGGUUUCAAAUCAGUCAUUGAUCUAUUAGAUGCUGAAACUGAAGCUUCAGGAUGGCCAGUAAAGAAAUAUUCAAACAAUGCACCAGAUUAUGACGCUUCAUUAAUCAAAGAAGGUUCAGAUAACAUUCAACAAGCUGGUACUUUUGACUUUGACCACUUCUCCAAGAUCCUAAAAGCUGGUGUUGAAACAUUAGUUAAAGCAGAACCUGAAAUCACUAGACUAGAUACAAAAGUUGGUGAUGGUGAUUGUGGUACAACUCUAGUUUCUGGUGGUAAUGGUAUUGUGGAGAAUCUAUCAAAAUUACCAAAAUCUUCACUAUCUGAAUCAUUACAUAAGAUUUCUGAUUUAGUGGAAACUUAUAUGGGUGGUACUAGUGGUGGUUUAUACUCAAUUUUCAUCUCAGGUUUAAGUCAUGGUGUUAUCUCUAAUGCUUCAAAAGAUACACCUGUUGAUGCUAAAAUCUUUGCUAAAGCCUUACAAAGUGCCUUGGACACGUUAUACAAAUACACAAGAGCUAGACCUGGUGAUUCAACAGUCAUUGAUGCUCUUGAACCAUUUGUCAAAGAGUUUGCCAAAUCUAAUGAUUUGAAGAAGGCUGUUGAAGCUGCUGAUAAAGGUGCUAAAUCAACUGGUUCAUUUGAAGCUAAAUUCGGUCGUGCUUCUUAUGUUGGUGAAUCCAGUGAUAUUCCAGAUCCAGGUGCCAUUGGAUUAGUUGAAUUCUUGAAAGGUCUAGAGUCUGCCUUUUAAAUAGUAUGUACAUGUACAAAAAGUAAUGAAAAC